CCUCUCCUCAGAAAAGCAACCACAUCGUGGGGUGUGGGAAUAAAGAGGAGAAUAAACACAAACAGCCUCAAAAAGACGCCAAGAAAAGCGAAGUCAAAAGAAGCAAUCGCAACACUGUUACAAAACUGUCUGGUUUUGUAACAAUUUCCCUGCAGCCGGCCAAUGAGCGGCGUGGCGGCGCGUCACGUGGUACUGUUUUAUAUAACACUUCGCUGAGACAGGACAGUUAUCAGUCGGCGCGGGGCGGCCGGCGUGGUGCUCGCGGAGGCGCGGCAGCGAGCGGUGCGCGGUAGCGCGGCGGUGGCUGUCCGAAUUCUCUUCAGUCCCUGCUUUCUGCUCUGGGUCUCUGGCCCCUAGACGCCUCUUCCCUGCGCGCCUGUCUCUCUCUCUAUGGAUUCACUCCAGACCGGACAGAUGCUGAGCGUGUCCGCCGAGCUCGGCGGCAACAACUUAGAACUGGCGGAGCCGGCGGCAUCCGCCGCCCGCGCCGACAUGGGCCCCCAGCCGGGGGCGGCUACGGAAGGCUCCGCUCCUUUGGCCAUUCGGGAGCCGGAGCCGGAGGAGCCGCCUCCGAGUCCCUCGACCCCCGAGUACAAAGUUCUGCUCGAGCAGGCUGACGCCCUGGCGUCCGGGGGCCGCCUCCGGGAAGCCUUCGAGGUGUACCGACAGCUCUCCGAGCGGCAGCAGCUGGUGGCCGAGCAGCUGGAACAACUGGUGCGCUGCCUGGCCCAGAACGUCCCGCAGGGCGAGGCGCUGCCGCCGGCGCCCCCGGACGGGAGCGGGGCGGCGAGCUGUGAGGCGGCGGCGGGAGAGGCAGGGGCGCCAGAGGCCGCCGCGGCCGCCGCCGCCACCGAGGUGUGGGACGGCUUCAAGUGCAGGAAGUGCCAUGGGUUUCUGUCAGACCCCGUGUCCUUGUCGUGCGGCCACACCUUCUGUAAGCUGUGCCUGGAGCGCGGGCGGGCAGCCGACCGGCGCUGCGCCCUGUGCGGGGUCAAGCUCUCGGCGCUGACGGUGGCCGCCGGGAGGGCGCGCGCGGUCCGGCGAGUCGAGCCACAACCGCCGCCGCCGCUACGGGUCAACGUGGUGCUCAGCGGCCUCCUGGGCAAGUUGUUCCCCGGCCGCGCACGGGCGUCGCAACUCCGGCACGAGGGCAACCAGCUGUACCGCGAGCACCAGGUGGAGGCGGCGUUGCUCAAGUACAACGAGGCGGUGCGCUUAGCUCCAAAUGACCACUUGCUUUAUAGCAACCGGUCUCAAAUUUAUUUCACCUUGGAGUCUCAUGAGGAUGCGCUGCAUGAUGCAGAAAUAGCAUGUAAGCUCCGCCCACUGGGUUUCAAGGCACACUUCAGAAAAGCACAAGCCUUAGCCACCUUAGGCAAGGUGGAGGAAGCACUAAGGGAGUUUCUGUAUUGUGUGUCCCUGGAUGGAAAGAACAAAAGAGCAAGAUCUGAAGCCCAGAGGGACAACCCGGAGCUCCCAUGCUGUUCUAGUCAGGAGGAAGCAGCAGCGGGGGGAGACCGCAGCAGCCUGGCAAACCCAGUUAAAGUAGAGGGGGAGGGGAAGCAAGGCGACCAGAAAGGCCAGGCAGGAGACAAGGCGGAGAAAGGGGACGCGGCCUCUGCAGAAGCUGCCUCCACCAAGGCUGGCAAAUGCCACGAAAAGAAAAGGAAGCAUUGUCAAAUUGAAACCCGAGACUCAGAGGUGCCUGCGAAAGCCUUGAAGCCAGAUACUCUGGCUGAGCAGGGGGCCGAGGCUGCUGUCAGUGCUCCACUGCCAUCUUCUGUGGAUGUGUCUGACCUUGAAUGCGCCCUGUGCAUGAGAUUAUUCUAUGAGCCAGUCACAACACCUUGUGGACAUACAUUUUGUUUAAAAUGCCUUGAAAGAUGCCUAGAUCACAAUGCAAAGUGUCCACUGUGCAAAGAUGGUCUUGCACAGUGCUUGGCAUCCAGAAAAUACAGCAAAAAUGUCAUAAUGGAAGAGCUAAUAGCUAAAUUCCUUCCAGAAGAACUCAAGGAACGAAGGCGGCUUUAUGAAGAAGAAAUGGAAGAACUUUCUAACUUAAAUAAGAACGUGCCUAUUUUCGUGUGUACUAUGGCCUAUCCCACCGUUCCUUGUCCCCUGCACAUCUUCGAGCCUUGUUACCGCCUGAUGAUUCGUAGAUGCAUCGAGACAGGCACAAGGCAGUUUGGCAUGUGCCUUGGAGAUCCUGUCAAAGGGUUCGCGGAAUACGGCUGCAUCCUGGAGAUCAGAAAUGUGCAGUUCUUUGCUGAUGGCCGCUCGGUGGUGGACAGCAUAGGCAGGAGGCGCUUCAGGGUCCUCCAUCAGGGCCACCGAGAUGGCUACAAUACAGCUGACAUUGAAUACAUUGAAGACCAAAAGGUUCAAGGAGAUGAUUAUGCUGAGCUCAUGGGAUUGCAUAAUUGUGUCUAUGAGCAAGCGUCAUCGUGGUUUCAUUCGCUCAAAUCAUCUCUGAAGAAUCGGAUAAUCAGUCACUUUGGUCCCAUGCCAGAGAAAGAUGCUGAUCCCCAGGUUAACCCAAAUGGCCCAGCCUGGUGCUGGUGGACGUUAGCGGUUCUCCCACUGGAAAGCCGAGCUCAGCUCCCAUUCCUAGCUAUGAGGUCCUUAAAGGAUAGACUGAACGGCAUUCGGCGAGUCCUGGCCUUUAUAUCCCGAAACCAAAACUAGUGAGAGUGGAUUGCUGAAGAGGAAGCCCCACCCUCCCCACCGCCCUGGGGGAGUCAUCUUGUAAAUAUAUCUAAUUGCAAUAACAUCUUAACAGAAGGAAGUAUCAAACAGGCAUUUCCUUGCUGUUGGUCACAGAGAGAAAUGUGUAGAAAGACCAAAAGCAUGGGACCUGUUUGAAACUUUCUGUCUUAAGAUGCUUCUUGACAUGCUGCACAACGACAUGCUCAGCAGAGGUGUUUAAAAGCCCAGAAGAAAAAAAUUCCUUUGAUUUCGACAUAAACUUUUCCGAAAGUUUAAAGUGGUUUUGCUUUAAUUUUCUUUCUUGCAUAGUUAAGUGUGUGGUUGAAAUGUGAUGCACAGAUACUAAUAACGUUGUGUUAUUUCACUGACUUGAGUUCUCAUUCCAAAUGGUUCAGGUUUUAUACAGCAUUGUGUAAAAUAAGGUUCAUCCUUCUAUCUGUUUUAAUAAUUUAUUUUUUGCACUACUGUAUCCUUUUUUCUACAUGUGUGUUUGUGACUAUUUAAGUGUAUGUUACUGAGAAGCCAGUUACUUUAUUUAUUAACGUGGUUUACCGUGUACCAAGGGGGAAAUAACAGUACUAGAAAUGUGCCAUUUUUGCUUUCAUCACAUGUAACUGUGUUUUUUAAACCAGUUCUCGAACGAUUUCCGGAUCUACCCCAUUGGAAGGUUAGAGGAAGUUCAGGGUCACGCAGAGAUUACUGAUCUCCGCAGGUUCCAUUUGGCUUUCAGUUGGAGUUCAACAAUAUAAGAUACGCAAGGGAUUUGGCAUACAUUAUGGAAUAAGCCAGGGUGAGGUAAAAUAAUCCAUUCUCUCUGUGUUAUAUGGAGCAGGGCUGAAGGAAUGACUUUCUUUCAAUGAAGAGAUGAAUCCGAGGGGCGUCUUUCAGAACAAUCUGUUGUAGGCAUUUAUCUCAACAAUCUAAUUACAGCGUACCUCAUUUCUCCCCAGUGCAGUUAGGAGUGGGAUUCUGAGGCAGGAUCAUUUUUAACCCUUCAGAGGGAAUGGUUUUCAGUCUGGCACAUCAUAGCCUCCAUACCCCACCUCUUCUCAGGGUUCUGGGGAUCACGACUUGGCUAGCACUCGUGCAAACACGUGAAGAAGAGCUCUUUGUUAUUAACAUGCAAUGAAGCCAGUAGAAAAGGUAGAACCCUUAAAAAAAAACAAAAACAGAAAAACUAUCUUUUCGGUUUGUAAAACUCUUUAAAGGAAAUAGUGAAUCCAUGAUUUUUUCUAAGCACUGCCUUCCCUCCCAAACGCCACAGGCCAAAGAUAGAGGUAUAGGGGAAGAAUAGUGGGUAAGAAGGUAAGAGGGAGGUCUUGUUUAGCCUGCUUAGUGCUAGUGUGAUUCCUUUAGUGCCGGGAGAACCUGAAAAAUGCCAUGAGGAUGGCGUGUCACAAUGACAAUGGGGUGAAGAGAUUAGGACAGGCAAGAAGUGUGUCCUGCCAUUCGCACUGCCGUGCGCAUUAUCGCCUGACGUGAUGCCGGACGGACACAGUGCCGUCCAUCCACCCCUCUGAGGAGGGCUUAGUGCCUCAAGGAACCAAUCUGGCUUCUUCUAUCACCACCUCUGUCCAGAAACAGAGAAGGGAGAAUGAGAUGAUCCAGGCAACAGAAAAGAGAUUCACGUAAGCAGAAACUAAAUGAUCUUUUCUGCACUUGCCAAGUGGAUGCUAUAUUGUCAGAGCAUUAUGUUACCAGGCAUGAUGUUUGCAGCCAGACUAGGCUAGUGAAAAAUGGAAGUAUAGGCGUGAUUACUGCCCAAGCAAAUUCUUCAGGGCUCAGGGAGCGGGAAAUUAAAAUCUCCCCCUCCCACUUGGUGCCCAACCAUGAGGUCGUAGCACUAGGACUCUAGUGAAAUAUUGUCCCAUCAUCUAGUGCAAAUGCAGCAAAUGAAAUGUCAUAAGCAUCUCCCCUUGGUAGAUGUUUUUGUUUUAUGAUUUAACACUUUCUGGGGCCCAGGGUCCUUAUCUAGGAAAUGGCAGUGUUCAGUGCCACAUGUACGGUUGUUAUGAAUGUUAUAUAAGGUAGUAUUUAUGUAAAUCACUUAGCAGAGUGCCUAGCACCUAGGAGAGGUUCAAAAAAUAAUAGUUUUGAUUAGGUUAUUCAUAGUUAUAGAAUAUCAUCAGGGGCCCAUGUUUGCAUAAAACACUGUCCGUACACACAGGACCCAUAUCUACUCCUUGAAACAUAGUUGAGGGCAUCCGCACCACUGAUUCUUGGACCAUAACUUGAUGCUUUACAGUUAAUUCCUUUUGGAGACAAGUCUGUUUGGGAAAAUGAAAAGGCUAGGGAACAAAUGAGGGUUAGAGACAAGGGAGAUUUCUGGGCAAGUACAUUUUCCCUUAUUUCAAUAGGACUAAAAAGUAGUGCUCUUUGGAGGUCUAGAAUUUCUGAUAUAAUGGAAGGCUUAAGUUCUAGCUCCAUUUCAAUAACCAGCUCAUCACUCGCUCUUCAAAAAGUAUUAAAAGUCUUGGCCAUGCCAGAGUGAACGAGUUUUACAACCUGACUUUUGUGCUUAUUAGUUCAUGGGAUUUCUUUAUGCUGCUGCCAGAGAAAUUUAUUGUGAACCUACUAAGUACCAGGCACUGAGCCACGUGAUUCCAGGUUCAUUCCACAAACACACACGAGUUUGUGGAAUCAUUUAUUUUCCACAUCAGCCCUGUGAGAACAGUUAUCAUCCCCACAUUACAGAUGAGAAGGCUGGGGACCUGCAAUGUUUAACAUUUUGCCCAGAUAACACAGCCAGUUAAUAGCCAAGCUUGAUUUUGAACCCCUUACUUCACAGAUUUUUAACACUUUGGACAGUUUCUGUUACACAUAAUUUUAUUAGAUAGUCAAGGCAACCAAGUCACAAAAGUAUGCCUCAGAAGCUCAUGAUUCAAAUGGUAGUUGGGGGUUAAGUAAAAUGCAGUUACCUCACACAUCUUAAUCUAGGUAGAAAGGAAAGUU